CUGUCAAACAUGGCGGACUUGUCGGUGGAGUCUUGGUUUUGACAGCAGUUGUUUUAAACUGGAAAAUACUUAUUAUUUGUUAAGUGCGACAUUCGUUUCGAUUAAAGUCAAGCCUGUGCUGAAGUGAAAAUGAUAUUUUCCUGAUUAUCCCGUUUACGUGAUUCUGUCGGAGCACAUAUCGCCUCGUAAUGAUCUAAACUGUUUUUUCUCUGGUUACCUAGCUUCAAUGCCGCACAAAAAACAAACGCUUCUCUUUCGUAAUCUGCAUGAUUCAUUUUUGUGCCGACAUCACAUCCAUAAACACAGCCAACUCUGAAAACAUCUUGAAUUAUUACCGAAGAAGUGCUAAAUCAAUCCUAAACCAGUACCCAUUAGUUUCACUAAAAUGUGGAACAUGAUGUGUGAUGUGAUGCCUACUAUUACGGAAGAUGCCAGCCAACUAUCACAAAGAUCCUCUCAGUUGCUUUCUGGGGAAGAAGGAAACCUAGAACAGCUUAUGGUCUCUAUGCUAGAUGAAAGAGACAGACUGGUAGACUCUUUACGGGAUGCUCAGGACCGUAUGGGAGAGCUAGAAGCUCGAUUGGCAGACGCGGAAAAAGAACGGGAUUGCCUUCAGCGCCAGAUGGCCGCGUCUUUACCUCAGGAAUUGGCAUCGUUGACUAAAGAACUUGCCCAGGCUAGAGAACAGCUUCUAGAAAAAGAUGAAGAAAUCACUGAACUCAAAGCUGAGCGCAACAACACCAGGCUUUUAUUGGAACACCUGGAAUGUUUAGUGUCUCGUCAUGAACGAUCUUUACGCAUGACAGUAGUCAAACGACAAGCAGCGAAUAGCGCAGGUGUUUCCUCUGAAGUCGAAGUUCUGAAAGCCCUCAAGUCGUUAUUUGAGCAUCAUAAAGCCUUAGACGAAAAGGUUCGCGAACGAUUACGAGUGGCAUUAGAACGGACAGCCAGUCUUGAAGAGGAGCUAACAUCCACCAAAGAAGAGUUGCAACAUUUAAAAAAUGGGUCAAUGUCAGUGACACAUACCAGCACGGAUGGAAGCGGUGGGUCAGUUGGCGAAGGGAACACUAAUGAAGUGGCAGGUGCAACAAAUGGAACUUCAGAAGUUUCAGCCGAAGCUAGCAAGAUGGCCGAAUUGCAAACUACGUUAGAGAAGCAAAGUAGUGAAUUGACAGUUUUACAACGGCGACUACUAGAGGCCGAGGAAGCUCUUCGUGCCGCUCAGAGGGAUGCUCAGCGAAGCCAGGAAUUACAAGCCCGACUUCAACGUGAUUUGCACGAGAAGAGCGCACAAAAUCAAGAUCAGGAGGAACGCAUUGCCACUUUAGAGAAGCGAUACCUGAAUGCCCAGCGCGAAUCAACAUCUCUUCAUGACUUGAACGAAAGGUUGGAGCAAGAGCUGCGUAACAAAGAUGCGCAACUUAAGUUGCAAGAGGACCGAGUUCGAACCAUGGAAGAAAAACUGGAACUGGCCGACCAGAAAGUGACUCAACUGUCAAAGUUACCCGAAGUUCAACACGAACUAACUCAGGUCCAAGAGCGUCACGGUACGGCUGAGGAUCGAAUUCAAAGACUGGAAAGUCAAUUAGAAGAGAAAUCAACCGAAGUGGCUAAGUUGCAGCAACGAUUGAGAAUCAAUGAAGAACACAAUUCACGUCUCUCAACGACCGUUGAUAAGCUGCUGCAAGAAUCCAACGAUCGGUUGCAAGUUCAUCUCAAAGAACGCAUGUCAGCGUUGGAAGAGAAAAACCAUCUAACGCAAGAUCUAGAUAAGUCAAGAAAAUGUCUGGAAGAUUCUCUAAAAGAGAAGGCUGAAAUUUUGAAAGAACUAAACAAAUCACGCUUAGAGAUGGAUGGUGUUCGUCGCCAACUCCUUCAGCAAGAGAUUGCGCUCAAUAUCCAACAAACAGACGAGUUGACACGAUCACUCUCUCCCCACCCAAUGGAAACGUCGUUCGUAGAUACGCGUUCAUUACCUCGUUUACCAAAAGCCCGCAAAGGUGUGCGUGGAAUGGAUGAAGGUGAUCAAUGGGGACUCAACAGUGCCCCUUCUCCAUCCAUGGGCUUAGAUUCGGGGAGAAAUUGCGAUAUGGGUGAUGUUCGUGUUAGCAGCAGAGCAAUGGGAGACGAAGAUGAUGAAGAAGAACUUGAGGACCAGGAUGAAAGAGAUAGUCCACAAGAAGGAGGGAUGAUGGACCCUGGCCAUGAAUAUCAUCAUCAAGGCUACUUAAAUGAUCUCGGCGAUCUUGCCGACCUGGGAGCAAUGCUCUCUCCUUCCAGCCAUACGGAUGCCCAAACUCUGGCUCUGAUGUUACAAGAGCAAUUGGACGCCAUCAACCAAGAAAUUAGAUUGAUACAAGAGGAAAAGGAAAACACGGAAGCUCGAGCGGAAGAACUUGAGUAUCGAGUAAGCAGCUUGGACCAUUUGGUGGCCAAUCACGUCCCUGUGACGAGCAGUGGUCGUUCGACACCGCGAGUAAGCGGUGGAAGUGGUGGAGCUGGUGGAACAUCUUCCAAUCACAGCCCAGUUGUUCCAGCGAAUUCAUCUACUGGAUACAAUAACAAUCCGAAUACCAGCAGUUCCUCUUCGCCAUCAGUGGCCCAGUUAAACGCUGGUAGCAAUACCGCAGCUUCACCUCAGCGUGACUACCUUCAGAAGUUUCACACGAUCCCCCGCAGCAGAGACAUCAACCUGUACGAAACACUGGCUGAGUGGUCAUCAGGACAAGCGAUGGGAUGGGCCUAUACUUCAGCGUCGCCGGAGAGUUCUCUGCCCAACACGCAAGUAUCGACACCCUCGUUCCAGUACCCAUCUCUCAGUCAGGGUCAACUCAAUGAAUCUCAGAUGGAUUCACGUUCACUUCGUCUGGAUCGCAUUCAACAAGCUCUGGCAAUGACUUCUGAUGAAAUGCGAAGCAAACGAGCUAAAGAUUACUCGGAUCAUCUCAGGAGCUCGUUAGGCGAAAGCAUCCCUUCGAUCAAUUCUAGCCAAGAUUCACUGGCUCCAGUUGGUCUGUAUCAGAGGCCAACAGGCAUGCCAAAUGCUGCAGAAUCUCCAUCUGCGUCAUCGAUUCAACUUCAACAGCAACAACAGCCGCAGAAUCAGCGCUCGGAACAACAUAAGAAAAAAGGGAUCAAAUCAUCCCUUGGAAAAUUUUUCAGCAGCAAGAAGGAAAAAAGUGGCAAAAGCAGCAAAGACAGCCUUUCAUCAACCAGUGGAGCCAUGUCUCCUUUGGCAAGUCGAAGUGAUGAAAUCAAUGCGAGAGAUACGAUCGCUUCCCUCAGCAUGGGAUUGAAUGUCGAUCCUGAAUGGGGAAUUCCAUUAUCAGCAACCCCAACUCCUACUGGAACACCUGCCCUGGGUCAGAAAGACUUUGAUCGCCGAAUCAAGCGCAAACAUGAACUGCUGGCGGAAGCCAUGAAGGCCGGAACACCGUUCGCACUUUGGAACGGCCCUACAGUUGUGGCUUGGCUAGAAUUAUGGGUGGGUAUGCCACCCUGGUACGUAGCAGCCUGCAGAGCCAAUGUCAAAUCAGGAGCCAUCAUGUCGGCACUCUCUGACACGGAAAUCCAGCGGGAAAUUGGCAUUAGCAACCCACUACACCGGUUGAAGCUCCGAUUGGCCAUCCAGGAGAUGGUGACUCUGACGUCGCCAUCGGCGCCUCGUACGGCCCGAACCACGCUGGCCUUUGGUGACAUGAAUCACACAUGGGUCGGGCACUAUUGGCUUCCGUCCCUCGGUUUGACCCAAUACCGAUCGGCCUUCAUGGAGUCGCUUGUGGAUGCUCGUAUGUUGGACCACCUGACAAAACGCGAGCUGCGCGGCCAGCUCAAGAUGGUUGACGCCUUCCAUCGGACCAGCCUUCAAUAUGGAACGCUGUUGCUAAAACGUCUAAACUAUGACCGACGUCUUUUAGAAGAACGAAGACGACAGGCAGAUAGUGACAAUGAGAGUCGCGACGUUCUCGUUUGGACAAACGAACGAGUCAUUCGCUGGGUGGCCUCCAUCGGUCUCAAGGAAUUCGCCAAUCAUUUACUCGAAUCUGGAGUACAUGGUGCCCUGUUGGCGCUGGAUGAAAGUUUUGACAGUAAUGCAAUGGGAUUGGCCUUACAAAUUCCAACGCAAAAUAUCCAGGCGAGACAAGUAGUGGAGCGCGAGUUCAGCGCUCUUCUGGCCUGCAUUACGGAGCGUACCCAGGACGGUUCCGAGUUCAUUGCCCAGCAGCACACGUCCACACAUUUGGCUUGAUAGCAGUACGUGUUCCACUCGUCUUAUUAAACAAAACAAAAGUAAUUUUCUUCUCCUUUUACUAUCCGUCUUAUUUCACAGCGGACCUGUCUAUAUAAUUGUAAUCUCUGUCCGCCCUUUCAUUUCACAGCAAGUCAUGCCUCGUUUAUCUCUUAAGACCUUCAAAAAUUCGCAAAUCACAGUGUUUAAAAAAGCCAGAUCAGUAAAUUUAGGGCCAAAAUUUUAAAGUCAAGUAUUCACUCUUAAAGAAAAACAUAGCCAGUGCAAAAAAAAUUUUAAAUACUGAGGAAAAAAAAUAGAAAUUCUACCAGUUUUCCCCCAAAGGGAGUCACUUCCUUCUCCAUAGCUCCUCCAAUCCAUGCUACGUGUACAUUGGUCGUGUUUUAGUCUCACUACUUCUUCCCUCCAUCCUUUUCAUCACCCCUGUGUUAAUUAUUAAUAUUCUCUUUAAAUGUGUCAAAUGAUCGUCGUAGGCCCUUAUUUCUAUUCAGAAACACCUAAAAAAAAAAAAAUUAGCUAAGUCUAAAGAAGAUCCUCCCGUGGUAAACAAAAAUAAUAAAAAAAAAGUCUAAAAAGAGAAAAAAAAACACAAAAAAAAAAACGCUAACGUAAUGCAUGUUUUGUGCGCGAUUCAAUUCCCGUUUUUCAUUUUCAAAAGCAUAAAAAAAAAAGGAAUGAGGGUAUAGGGACUGAAGAAGGGCCUUGUUGGGUAAGAAUCCGCUUUGGCGGAGGGGAUCAAGAUUGUGCAGCUAAGUAGAACGUGUUCCGGAUCCGUUGCGUCCCUUCCUUUCUAUUCUUAGUAUAUCCUCCCUUUGUCGCAAAAUAGAAUGAAGGAAUGUCUUCAAUGUCGCCACACAAUUUUUUUUUCAAUGUCCUUUUUCUCUUUUUAAUGUAAGGAGUUAUUUUUAGUUUCUUUCAAAUGAAAGCCAAUACUGAUUCACGAUAGUUGGCGAUCGGUGCCAUUAUUUGCAAAGAUUAGCGACAUAAUCUCGCCCAGUCCCCCCGACAUUUUCGUCUUUAAUUUGCGUUUUCGAAAAUUGAGCAGUAGCUAAAAAUUCAGUACGCGUGUAAAUAAUUGCCCUCCCGUUUUAUUAUUUUUUUUUUGGUUUGAAACGUGUCACUUUUUUCUUAUAACAGAAAUAACAAUUCACAUGAUCAAAUGUUACCAAAAAAAAAACAUGCGACUUUAUUCUUAGUAGGGUUUUUGAUCGCCUACCAGCGGCCCAGAAAAAUGCCCGAAAAACAAAAAACUAGCAGUCGUAUUAAAACGGAAAAUGACGUGUGUAACAAUAUUACAGUGCAUGAAUUUUUUUCAAUUAAAUGUGCAUCACUUGUCAGUCGCAAGCCAGAAAAAAAGUAACGUUGACGCCUCUCGUUUGUGCGUCUAGUUUUUUGGGAGACAGCAUGUUGUGUAUUACAUCCCUUCCCUUCCCCCAUACGCAUUUGUUUUACUUCCUAUUUUGGACAGUCAUUGAUGUAUUUCUUUGCUACUGUUUACUUGGCCGUUUCCCAAAAAAUUGUCUUUUUUUUAUGAUUUUCCAAUUAUCCGGUCCAUAGAUUCUCCGCCCCCGCUUCACCUCGCCAAAACAUAAGACACACAUUUUAUGGGGACAAAAAAAAAACAAAAGUCAAGUGACUAUGAUUUCAUUUCUAUGUUCAACACACAUUUCACUGUCUCCACUUCGUGUUCUUGCAUCGUCAGUCUUAAAAAAAAAACAUCACCUUUCACACUUCUUAUUGGAUUUGCUGUGCGUGAACAGAUUGGUAGUUUGUCACAAUCUGCACGUGUUUUUUCCUCUUCAUUGCUAUUUCAUAUCUCAAGAAUACGCAAAGAACAACCGAUAUAAUGGGAAGAGAUGGA